CUUCCAAUGCUCCACAUCACAGGAAUGACAGCAACCAACCUCACCUUUACUGCGGCCAUUGCUUUUAUCAAUCGCGAGACUACAGAUUGGUACGGGGUCGCGAGAAAGAGUUUUCUCGACUUGAUAGGUCCCUUAAAACAUCGAAUUCAAGUGGUAAUAACCGAUCGUGAGGUAGCCUUAGCCAACGCUCUUCAAAAAUACCUACCAAAUGCGAAACAGCAGUACUGCACAUGGCAUCUGCGAGAGAAUAUCAAACACGCCUGUGACAAAAAGAAUUGUUUUGAGGGAGAGGAAAAUAAGAUCUUA